UAUCUGCCAGUUUGAAUACGUGGUCGUUUACAGUCUUUCUCCUACAAACAGACAUAAUUUAUUAAUUAGUGCUGCAUACAAAUGGAAGUGAUGUCUAAAGACAGUGCGAGCCUCUUCAGUUUUAAAGCGUGCGCUGUACUGUGUAUGAAGAUAUUAAAUUUGCCGGUACCGUUUAUAUUUAUAUGAUACUGUACAGGUAGGGACCUGGGGUGCUUAUUAUUAAGAAUUCCCUUAUAAUUUAAAAACUUCAUAAUACUUUAGAGACAAACAACAUGGUGUUUUAUUUGUUUUAACUUACAGUCCAGUAACAGAUUAAAGGCCAGAAAAAAGGCAUACAAAAGGACUGCAUUCACUUGUGAUUGGAUGGGAGCCUAUUUUGACCUUGGAAACUGAAAAUGUUGUUGCUAUGGAAACUGCUGGUACUGCAAUCAUUCAUGGGCUGCCUUGCAGACAACAUUGCCCUACAUGGACCAUCCUUCACACUGCAGCCGAAGAGCAUUGUUUUUCCAGUUGAUUCCAUGGAUAAUAAAGUUGCUUUUAAUUGUGAAGCAAAAGGCAACCCACCACCAUAUUACAGGUGGAAAUUAAAUGGAACAGUCAUUGACCCCGGAAUGGAUUACCGCUAUAGUCUGGUUGGAGGCCACUUGCACAUCAGUAAUCUGAAUAAAGACCAAGACGUUGGAACAUUCCAGUGUGUGGCAUCAAAUACUGUUGGAACCAUUGUCAGCAAAGAAGCCAUACUUCAGUUUGCAUAUUUAGAACACUUCAAGACGCAGACAAGAAGUACUGUUUCUGUGCGUGAAGGACAAGGAGUUGUGCUGCUGUGUGGUCCACCACCCCAUUCUGGAGGACUCAUGUAUUCCUGGAUCUUCAAUGAAUACCCAGCAUUCAUGCAGCAAGACACCCGUCGCUUUGUUUCACAGGAGACUGGAAAUAUGUACAUAGCUAAAGUGGAGCCUUCAGAUGUGGGCAAUUACACCUGUGUGGUAACAAACACAGUUACAAAUAGCAGAGUGCAAGGUCCAACUACCCCUCUUGUACUGCGCACUGAUGGGGUGAUGGGGGAAUAUGAGCCAAAGAUAGAAGUUCACUUUCCAGAGAUCGUUCCUGUGGCCAAAGGUUCGACAGUGAAACUGGAGUGUUUUGCUCUGGGAAACCCAGUUCCCAGCAUCAGCUGGAGGAGAGCUGAUGGAAUCCCCUUCUCAAGAAAGGUGGAACCAAACAAAUCCAAUGGGGUCCUUGAAAUCCCAUAUUUCCAGCAGGAUGAUGCAGGUUCAUAUGAAUGCAUUGCUGAAAACUCAAGAGGAAAAAAUGUUGCAAAAGGAAGACUGACUUUCUACGCACAGCCUCACUGGCUUCAAAAACUGAAUGAUGCCCACCUGCCUAUAGAAGCGGGGCUUCUCUGGGAGUGCAGAGCAAUGGGGAAGCCCAAUGUCUCCUACAGGUGGUUGAAGAAUGGGGAGCCGCUGGAGCCAUUACAGGAAAGGAUUCAAGUAAGAAAUGGAGUCCUGGCCAUCAACACCGUAAGCCUUUCGGAUUCAGGAAUGUACCAGUGUGUUGCUGAGAAUAAGCAUGGAGUGAUAUAUUCCAACGCUGAACUGCAAGUAAUAGCAAUACCACCAGAUUUUGUCCAAAAUCAGUUGAAGAAACUAACCAUGGUUAUUGAGGGAGGAGAAGUUGUCAUUGAGUGCAAGCCCAGAAUGUCUCCCAAAGGAGUGAUCUCCUGGAGGAAAGGGAACGAGGCCCUCAGAGAGAACAAGAGGAUUACCGUUUUGGAAGAUGGAAGUCUCAGAAUAACUAAUGUGACUAAAUUCGAUGAUGGCAGUUACACCUGUGUUGCAAGAAACCAGUUUGGCGGAGCAAGCAGUCGAGGAAGCCUGGUGGUAAAAGAUCCAACAAUUAUAACAGUCCCACCUUCAAACAUGGAUGUGACUGUCGGGGAAAGUAUAGUGCUUCCAUGCCAGGUGUCACAUGACCACUCCUUAGCCAUCACGUUUACCUGGUCUUAUAACGGGCAGUUCAUUGAUUUUAAAAGAGAUGGAGAUUAUUUUGAAAAAGUUGGUGGGCAGCAUUCUGCAGGUGAUAUGAUGAUCCGAAACAUACAAGUGAAGCAUGCUGGGAAGUAUGUGUGUAUGGUACAGACCAGCGUGGACACUGUAUCUUCAGGGGCAGACCUAGUUGUAAGAGGACCCCCAGGCCCACCGGAGAGCAUAGAAGUAGAAGAAAUGACUGAUACAACAGCUUUGCUUUCCUGGAGGCCAGGUCUGGACAACCAUAGUCCAAUAACCACUUACACUAUCCAGGCAAGAACCCCAUUCUCUGUGGGCUGGCAGGCUGUCACAACAGUUCCUGAAGUCAUUGAUGGGAAAAAGUUAACGGCUAAAGUGGGGAAUCUCAACCCAUGGGUGGAGUAUGAAUUCCGUGUGGUAGCUAACAAUGCCAUUGGAAUUGGAGAAGCCAGUGUACCAUCAAAGAAAGCAAGAACUAAAGAAGGCUUUCCAAAGGUCACCCCAGCUAAUGUGAGUGGUGGAGGAGGCAGCCAAUCAGAAUUAGUGAUCACUUGGGAGCCUGUUCCUGAAGAACUACAGAACGGGGGAGGGUUUGGUUACGUCGUUGCCUUCCGACCUGUAGGCACUAAAAGCUGGAUGCAAGCUGCAGUGACCUCAGCUGAUGCCUCCAGAUACGUCUUCAAAAAUGAAAGCACACCACCGUUUUUCCCUUAUGAAGUGAAAGUGGGCGUGUACAACAAUAAAGGGGAAGGUCCUUUCGGCCCCUUAGUCACAAUAUAUUCUGCCGAAGAAGAACCCAGUAGAGCACCAAAUAAAAUCAAAGCUAAGAGCCUGUCUGCUUCUGAAAUGGAAGUGUCAUGGAAACCGCUUCCGUGGAACACAAGUAAAAGGAGGGUUCUAGGUUAUGAGCUGCGGUACUGGGAUCAGGAAGGCAAAGAGGAAACUGCAAGCAGUGUGAGGAAACUAGGAAAUAAAACAUCUUCAGCAGUCAUUCGCGGAGUAAAGGGAAGCACUCUCUAUUACAUCACAGUGAGAGCAUACAACAGUGCAGGAGUGGGGCCAGGCAGUGACACGGUGAACGUCACCACCAGAAAACCACCACCAAGUCAACCGCCUUUGAAUAUUUUGUGGAAUUCCUCACACUCAAAGGUCAUGCUACACUGGGAUCAAGUAAAAGCACUGGAAAACGAAUCAGAAGUGACAGGGUAUAAAGUAUUAUACAAACGAAACAGACAAAGCCGUAGAAAUGUAAUAGAAACCAAUACAACAUCAGUGGAGCUUUCUCUUUCCAGUGAUGAAGAAUAUAUUAUACAGAUACAGCCUUUAAGUGAUGGAGGGGAAGGAAGCAGUAGUAAACUGAUCAUCAUUCCAAGAAUAUUAGGUCCGGAUGCAGUUGGUUCUGCAUCAAAGGUCUCCACGUUAUCAGCCAUCAGCACAAUAGUGCUCUCCUUCACAGCCAGGUCGACCUUAUGACAAAUAUUAUUUUGUGGACUUUGUAUUUGUUGUGGAGGCAGCACUAAAAACACUUCAAACGAGUACUGAAGAAAAUUCUAGUAGCAACUAACAUUGCUUUUAUCAAUAGACCAUAUGUUUAGGCUUUAGAAACGGGCGUACAGAAAACAAAACGGCUUGUCUAAAGUUUCCUUGUAGAACCUGAAAAGCACUGAAACAUCUUAAAUAUGUUGUUACCAAAGGAGCUUUCAUAAAUGUUCUUAUAUGCAUAUUUUGUACGACGUACUUGGCUUUUUAUAGAUUACUUUAAAUGUGCUAAUGAACUGAGCAGGUUGUUUGCAUUUCUCAUUUAAAUGUACAGAUUAUCGUUGUGUACUAAUACUAGCUGCCAUGUGUAACAAGAGUUAACCCCGAUUCUUUAAAUAUGUAGAUACAGGAUGUUGAGUUCUGGUACCCUUUUAAAAACAUAAAACUCUUUUAAAAUGAUGUAUAAAACAUUACCUCCAGUACAGGGUGUGAACAAACUAUGCCAGUACAAGUGCAAAUAUUGAAACAUUUCCCAGGAACAUAAAAUCCAGUAUAUCCUUUAAAUAUAUGUUUAAUUCAGGGCAAUGCUCAUGAUCCAACACUGGAGAACCCUUAUUAUUAUUAUUAUUUUAUUUAUUUUUUUUGCAAUUACUGAAAUACCAUUUAUCAUUCUUUCUUUUUUUUCUAAGUCUGUGUUAAGGUUCCUUCACCCUAGUUCAGCUGCUGUUCAGUUUUAGUUGGAUAUAUGUCAUUUAGUGUCUUUAUAGAAGAAGUGAUCUGCCAUUUUGGCAGCACUCUUCUGUGCACUUAUCUGUGGCAGGCAGCUAGACUUGAAGAGCAGGUCCUGAACUCAAACAGAUGGUUUCACGCAUUAUCACUGAUCUUGGACUACUUUACCUAUGGUAACAUUAGGUAAGAUUAGUGCUAAUCUGGGUCGUGCAACCAGAUCCAAGUCAAAGCACCUUAACAUAUAGCUGAGUAACUACAAACAUCAUAACAAGGUUAGCUAUAAAAAUAAAUAAAUAAAACAUGGUUAUGACAUUGCUGGGUCACCAGUUGUAAAUGCUGUUUUAGAUCAUUUCAAUGCUGUCUCGUUUUCUCUUCCUUUGAUGUUGUAUGAUUAAAUGUGAGACUGGUACAGUAUCUAGAAAUCCAGUGGGGCAGAUAGUGAGUAGCACCCAAAGGGAAGGAGUUGUAGGGUACCAUAACUGUUAUAUAAAAAAGUUUGGGUUUGUGAAAAUGUAUAAUGUACCUUUUGUAUUCUGCUUUAUAAACAAAAAUGAAAUCUCAU